AUGCCUCGGAUAAGAUAUCCAAUGUCGGACAGGUCGCAACUGAAGUGUGUCCGCAGGCAGGAAGUAAAAGGUGGAGCCAAAUUCCGCAUGCGUUAUGCCUCACCUAAAAAAAUCCACUAUACAGGCUCGAAGGACACAUUCACAUUUGUAGCGUUUGUAGCAAGCAUGGAUAAGGCCUUUCUCAAAUCUCCGCGUAGUCUAGCCAUGAUUCUCAUUUCAGUACACCAAUAUUCAAAAACCGAUAAACAGUACACCAAUAACCAAAUAUCAUAUAUCAGUACCCAUUUUCAAAAUCGAUAUACCAAUAUAAAUAUCGAUAUAGCAGUACCAGAUAUCGAUAUAUGA